ACAGCGACCGCUGCGACGCAGCAUUUCUUUAACCCCUCAACCUGAGCCUUUUCUUGGCCAUUCUGCCAGUGAGCACGUGACCACACGCUGCCCGUUGCUCACGCCCUCCAUGUCUCCCUCUCUCUCCUACAGCUGCGCUCUGCGGAGCUAAAGCUAAUUGUACUCGCAGCGUACCAGAGGAGCUCAACCCUGCCUGUUCUUUCUUGCCGUGCGGGUGCGGUCACCGCCGCCGCCGCCGCGCUCCGUGCCGCGUCCGUGAUCUGCCAUCCGGCCGUGCAUGCGCCGAGGCUUCGACCAGGCCCCUGCAGUGAGAAGCCAUUAUCCCUUUCUUUCCCUGCCACCCCUGCUCCUCACGAGCGCCUCCCUGUUCCUGGCCUUCCUUUUUGUUCUUCCAUCUCGUUCUGGAUCUUGUGGUUCUUGCAAUGCGGUCGAUGGCCAAGGAGAUAAUGCAGCCGAGGGUUCCUGCGACGCUGUUAUAAUGGAAGCAGCCACAUUCAAGGAAACAGCCAGAACUGAACUAUAAUCAGAUAUUGUUGCUGUGUAAUACAGAUUCAAAAUGACUGACAUGAGGCGCCACUCCGUCUCCGUGGAUGUCCCACUGUCAAGAACCCUGGUGCAGCUCAAGCGAGUGAGGUCGCUGCGGGAUCCAGCAACAAACUCUAUGAGCAAGUAUGCAUCUCCUUCUGACAGUAUGAUCUGGGAGACUGCUUCUAGCAAUGGAGCGAUGAUGGAAGGAAGCAGGUCAGCACACCAUCAUUUGAUUGAAGAGGAUGUGGAUUUGGAAGCCGAAGCUACCAUGGGGUCAGAGCGAAGCUUCCGGGCACCAAAUGCAAGAACUGCAUCUUACAGGAAAUCUUCAGUUGUUAGGAUCAGAGGCUUCAACCCACCAAGAAACAAGCAAGUUCAUCGUGUCCGCGGGGAUGGUCACAGGAAAUCGGUGGAUUCUAACCACUCUAAUCAUAGCUCCCUUCGGCAGUUGGCAAACAAUAUAGUAACCAACGUGGUGGAGGAGAAGGAAGAGGAGGAGGUGAAUUCCUAUGAACGGGCACAUCUCGCUUUGCCAGAGAAGAGCGAGGAAGAAGUGAAAAGGCGUUCCAAAUUCAAGGGCAAGUCUUCUGCUGCAAUGAGCCGCGUUGGCAGCCCUUGUAUGUCUGCCAGUGAAGCGCGCUCAGUUGGGUCCAGAAGAAGCACAGUAGGGCAUGGAACUGAGGACACACGAGUGAGGUCGAAUGAUGUUGUAGGAUCAAACUUCAGUGGAUGCGGUAUAAGCUACUGCUGGUCAGGAGCAUCAAAGUACCGCGAUCUUUAUUCCGAUAGUGAUGGUCCAGAGCAACCUCUCCUAUCCCCAGAGGGGACUGAGGUACCGUUCCAAGAAAAUGUACCAUACACCGAGACACCAAGGUGUUUAAGCCAAAAAUUUCGCCCUCGAUCAUUCAGUGAACUGAUUGGCCUCAAUGUGGUUGCUCAGUCCCUAUUGUAUUCCUCUUGCAAAGGAAAGAUUGCUCCAAUGUACUUGUUCCAUGGCCCCCGGGGUACAGGCAAGACGUCUACGGCACGCAUUUUUGCUGCCGCUCUAAAUUGCCUCUCUCUCGAAGAGCAAAGGCCAUGUGGGUUCUGUAAAGAGUGUGUCAUUCUCUUCUCUGGGAGGAGCAGGGACGUAAAAGAAAUUGAUGCAGCAAAAAUGGAUCAUUUGGGCCGCGUAAAGGCACUUCUCAAGAGUGCAUCUCUUGUCCCAUACUCGUCACGCUUCAAGGUUUUCAUAGUUGAUGAAUGCCAUCUGUUGCUAGAAGAUGCCUGGUCGGCAAUAGUGAAGAGUCUUGAUGAGCCAUACCGGCAUGCUGUCUACAUUAUGAUUACUUCUGAUCUAGAUAGCUUGCCUCGCACUUCCGUCACACAUUGCCAGAAGUUCCAUUUUCCAAAGAUAAAGGUUGCAGAUAUUGUCAACAGGUUGGAGAGAAUCUGCGUAGAUGAAGGGUUAGAAUUUGACCAUGAUGCGGUGCACUUCAUUGCUGCAAAGUCUAAUGGUUCUCUUAGAGACGCUGAAAUAAUGCUGGAUCAACUUAGUUUGCUUGGGAAGAGGGUCACGAUUUCUCUUGUGCAUGAACUUGUAGGAUUGGUUUCUGAUGAUGAGUUGAUUGAGUUGCUUGAUCUAGCACUGUCAUCGGACACAACCAAUACAGUUAGACGAGCUCGGGAACUUAUGGCGUCGUCAGUUGAUCCCCUGCAGCUGGUCUCUCAGCUGGCAAACCUUAUUAUGGACAUUCUCUCAGGACGAUGCCAAUCUGCGGUAACAGAAGUCAGCAAAAGUUUCUUGGGAAGAUAUGCGUUGGCAGAUGUUGGUAUAGAGAAACUAAGACAUGCACUCAAAAUACUGUCAGAAACUGAAAAACAGUUGAGGACAUCAAGAAAUAAGGCAACUUGGGUUACUGUUGCACUUUUGCAGUUUGGCAGUUCUGAAUCUGACAUAGUAGCAGAAACAAAUGACAUGCAUGCACGCUCAGCAACAGGAUAUACAGAUGACUGGGUAUCCAAGGUAAACUCAAGCUCCAAUUUCUGCGAUGCGUGUAACAGCAAUAAGUCCAACUGUUCCGAGAGACACUGUAGACGGCUUAAGCUUGAAAACAUCUGGAGGAGAGCCACUGGGAAGUGUCAAUCAAGAUCAGCCAGAAGUUUCCUCAAGAAAGAAGGAAUCCUAUCAUCAGUCCAUGUUACCGAAGAGGUGGCUAUAGCUGAAGUUGGAUUUAGUCACCCGGAUCACCUAUCAAGGGCAGAGAAAAUGCAAAGCCUGAUACAAGGAGUACUGCAGCACGUUCUCGGGUUCAAUGUGGAGGUUAGAUUCAAACUUGUCCCGUGUGCAGCGAGGAAAGAUGCAAGGUCAAAGAGACACUCAUUCAACCUGCUCGGCUGCUCGGGACGAAAGCAAGAGCUGUCAGAUUCCACAGUGACAGAUGAGGAUGAACCUGUGAGGCUUGGAGCAAGAGAAACACCUCACAAAGGCUACUCCUCUAGUCAGCAGCCAUCGCCAUUCAUCGUGCAACGUGUUGAUUCUAAGCCAACAGUUCAUGGCUCCGAGGACGAUGCCCGGAGCACCUUGACAUCAAACAGAUCCAUGACUGAUGACCUGACAAGGACAUGUAGGUCGGAGACUAACUACUCCAAGGGCGCAAGUGAGCAGGGUCGUUUCGACAGCAUCCAGGAGCCUGACCUUCAGCCGAAUUGCUUCUCACGAACAUUGAAGCUGCAAAAGAGGUUCUUCUCGUCAGAUGCAGCACACACAAUCUGCUUCAGGAUCCAGCCACACAACAAAAUGGGUUUCCUACCUAAGAAAGAAUUCGAUACAUAUUUCUGCACAUAUGGGCCGUAUGAGCAGUGUCCAAGAUCGAAUUCAAGAGCUACUUACGGUUCGAGAGAUGAGGACUUGUCCAUCAAGACUUCUUCUGGGUUUGGUUCGAACCUGCUCUGCUGGAAGGGCCCUAAACAGUCAAUCUAACAGAAAUGGAUGAUCAAGGAUGAUGAACCACAAUCACAUAAAUUCUGCAAACUCAAAAUUUUGCCUGAAGCUGGAGAAUUGGCACCCUUUGGCAGCAAUUUUUUUAGGAGAGUCUGUGGACUGGAUUCAGUCUAAAUGCAUUUGCACCGAGCGAGUUCUUGUUAUUUGUAAAACAAAUGAUGGAACCUGUUGUCUGUAGGCUGCAUUUAGUCAGAUUUUUAGCUAAGCAGAUUUGACAAGAGACCUGGAGAGGCUGUUUCCACUUCUUGUAUGAAAGAACCAAAUAAUGCUAGUGAUGAUUUGUACAGCAUGCCGAUGAUA